UCUUUUAUUUUGAGCUAAAACAAAAUGAAAACAAACGUGCCACAAGUGCCUUUCGGUGGUUUUAAAACCUUCCCAAUUGAAGUGUGCAAAUUCGCUUGGCUAUUGUUGAGCAUUUGAGUGCCAAGCUCUCGACGCCUGGCACUUGUCUCGACGUUCCGCGCCUGUCUCCGCGAACGCUUGAGGCUCUUCGAGACGCUGUCGUCGACGUUCACCCAUCCAAGGGUGGAUAACAAGGGGAAUCCACUCCCAAGCAAUGUGCCAGGAUGCACGAACUGCUGGCACAAGUUUUGGAGAACCGAGACCUGUCACGGGCAGGUGACCUGUUCUCGGUGGAGGACCAAAAGAUUGUGGGCGACUUGUCGGAGGUCCUGACCAAAAUCCGUGACAUUGCCAGUGGCUCAGACUUCCUCCACAGUGACAACAUCCAAAGUGUGGUUGAGAUCUGCAUCACCAGGGUCACAUCAGCCAUCCGGGACACUGGGACCAUAGAGCAACAUGCACAUGCUCUCGUAGCACUGUUGGAGUCCUGCCUAAACCAUGAUCUGCGUCCGUCAUCAAAAGAUGAGGAUCCGCCACACGCUAAGAUCGCUUCAGACAUUGUCAGCUGCAUCUUUCUGAAUCAUAACAAGAAGUCUGUAAUGAAGCUGGCACUUCCUGUGGCGAUCAAGUUCCUGCACCGAGGCAACAAAGAACUGAGUCACAACCUUUCCCGCUAUCUCUCCCUGGCUGCUGUCAACAACGCUGAGCUGCUGUCCCCGCACGUGCAGCCCAUUGUGGACAGCGUUAUCAGUGGCAACUACGCCCUUGCCCGAGUGCUGCCAUCCAUUUACGUAGUGAAGAAGGAGCCUAUCCAUGACCACCUGAUGGCGCUCAUUUCACUGCUGCCCCUGUGCGAGAGCUCUGACAAGCUCAACUUGCUUGCUCUCUUUGAGCUGGUGGCCAAGCAUAAGCCCUCUCUUCUGGAGAGCAAUGUGCCCCAGCUGAGCAGUUGCCUAGGCAGUCCAACCACGAUGGGCUCUGUGCUGAAGAUCUUCCAAGAGCUGGCAGCGGCCAAGCCCCAGCUGUUUGCCGAGUACUUGCCCAAGAUGAAGGCGGUGGCCCUCGCUCAACCAGUCCAUCUCACCUUGGUGGCGCACAUCAUGGCUACUGUGGGACGGCUGAGUGCGGAGCGUGCCCAGGAGUGCUUGGAGUUUCUGGUUAGCCAGCUGUCCAAAGGAGACCACAACACCCAGCUGGCACUGCUACGAGAAGCCAAGCACCUAGGAGAUGCCUUCCCUGCAUUGCUUGCCCCAUGCUUGCCGCAGAUCUGCAGUCAACUACCGGAGCCAGUGGCCUCAUCCACAAUUCGCUUUUACUUGCACCAGCUGAAGGCAGAUGCUGCCACAGCAGCCCACAGAGCACAGGUGGUUAACCGGACAGGAGGUGUCACGAUCGUCAAAGUUGGUGGCAGCAGACACGAUCUUUCAUCCAACCGGGGCGCCACCAUGCCGGCUGUGGCGGCAGGGCGUACACCAGUGGGCAGUGCUGCUAGUCAGGCUUCGAGGGCAGCUGGCACAUUGGGUAUCUCAUCGCAGGAAGCCAGUGCCCGUUCCCUGGGCCACCUAGGUUCGGGCCAGCUGGCCCAUCGGAGCAUGACCCGGUUGCCCUCGGCAAAUCACAUGCACCACGCAGCUCCUCAUGCACAGAGCAACAGCCGGCUGAGCUCUCCAUGUGGCCUGCAUAUGAGCAUGUCGAAGCUGAGCUCCAACUCACCCGUCAACCGGAGCCUCUCUGCACUCAACAGUCGGCACAACCUAAGCUCAGUCCCAGCGCCAGCAGCGCACACAAGUCGUGUGUCCAGCUGUGGUGUCACUGUCACAACCACCUCGGCCCACAAGAGCAUGAGCAUUCCAACACUGAUAGAAGAAGCACAACCAUUGCCAGUCAUAGGUCGUCACCCUGUCCUGACUGUGUCAAUAACCAGCAAUGUGGCAAGGCGGGGGCCAGCAGAUCUUGGAGGUGGGGCGAUUGAGGGAGGCUCCUCUCCGAAGGGGGCAGUGCCCAGUCCUUCCCCACCUCCGCUGGGGCCCACCCCAUCGUGCUCUUCUUCGUCUGCCACACCGCCCCCCUACGCAGAAGGAGGAACGUCAUCUUCCUCACGCCUCGGUGCACCACACAGCGGCUCACUGAGUUCGGGCUGCAACCAGCAGCAUUUGAAGGGCAGCGGUGGAGGCACAAGCUCGGCUACUGAGGAUGAAACUAUGCCAGUGGUGCCACGCAAGGUAGCGCAAUCCAACGCACAGAGGAUAUCGGUGUUUGAGCCAUACCCAAUGCGGGAUGCAGUGCAGCACUUCUGUGAAAAACACCUAGACAAGAUCAAAGCAUACAUGCAGAUCAUUUUCGUCAAGCUCCCACUGCCAUCUAAGUGCACCAUCGAAGAAAGGCGUGCCAAGAAGCAUGCCAUUCUUCAGUUUGCCUGCCAGGGUAAAGGGGAGCACUGCCUGUAUAACAAGAGCCUGUUUGUCAUGAAAACCAAGAAUCCACGCAUAUGGAUCCACCUAAUGUUUCUUGCACUGCAGGCUCGUUCUACAAGUGCCCUGAGUACGCGUGAGUCAUCUGUAAGCAGCCUGAAGAACUGCUGGGACACACUGAAGUAUGAUAACAAGUCAUUCCUAGCCUUGGUGACCUCAUCAUUCCCAUCUGCAAAGGACCAAGACAACCUGAUAGCUGAGCUGCGUAGUGAGCGCUUUUUCGAUGUGUUCGAAUACAAUGGACCACUGACCCUGUGGGGCUGCUUCCUGUGCAACCACCCUGACCGAGCCCAAGGUUUCCUCCAGGAAGGUGGCGAGCCAGUUAUUGAGGGACAACUGAAGGAGAAGAAGAGAAAAUGGAAGUUAUUUCGACACUGGAGGACACGCUACUUCACACUUUCGGGUGCACACUUGUCGUACAGGGGACUGAAGGAUGACAAGGAAGUGCAACCCAUUGAGGUGAGCCAGAUCAGAAGUGUUCGCCCCAUUGGGAGCCGGGGUCGCAACAUCCCCAAGGCCUUCGAGAUCUUCACUUCUGACAAGACCUUUGUGCUAAAGGCCAAGGACAGCAAGAAUACUGAGCAGUGGGUACAGUGCUUGUCCAUCGCCUUGGCUCGGUCACAUGCUAAGGAGGUUGCUCACUGACAGGGGAAGUCUUACAUGAGGCUUGAAAUUUGAUGAAGGAUAAUGCACACACAGAGCCAAGCAUUUUUGAAAACAACAUGUCAGAAUAAGAGACAACGCAAAGAACGGACAUGUGCUACCAUUAUUUGCUUCUUUCGUUUUUGCAGUGCUGUUUUUCACUAUGCAGAGUUACCAACCAACCCAAGGAGCUUUUUGUUCUCAUGAAAAGCUGUGUGUUCUACAGGAAGGGUUGCUUGUCUUCCAUCAACUUGACAUUCUUGUCAUGCAAAACUAUAUAUAUUGUGCAAGUUUGAAGAUAGUAUUUUCAAGGUUACAAAGCUUCUGCAAGGAAGAUGCAGUUGAUGCGUUUAUAUAUAUUUGAACACCAGUGUGCCUCUUCGUAUGAUGUUUACAGGUAAUUGUAGCAGGCACCAUUUUGCAAGCACUGUAUAAUUAUUGGUCCCAGCUUUCAGAUUGUACAGAUUUAUGAUGAGAACUUACGCCAUCCAUUCAACUAUGUAUUGAACUGUUCCUUUAAAAAGUUGUGCUGAAUAUCCACAUACAUUUAUUCGUCUUAAUUUUUGCGCCUGUUGUGAUUUCAAAAAGUUACAUAUGCAAGGUCAUUGGAAGUGCAUGAGAGUUUGAAGCUGGGCUAUACUCCAUUUAAUAUUUAAUAGUGUGCAAUGAUGUGGAAGCUAUGCAACAAGUUUACUAAUCAAAAUUUAUAACUCCGUGUGUUUUGGGAUCAAGCUUCGUGGUUGCACAUAUUCGCACAAUCCCAGUGCGAGCCUGUGCAUGAGGCACCGUGAUGGGGUGCAGAUGAAAAAUCCGAAGAGGAAAACAAUGAAGCGCAAAUUGAUCUAAAACACUUAUUAACAGCCCUAUACCUAAUACAGUAUGUUCAUUUUGAAGAUAUAAUGCUUCUUUUAUUUAGUACUGAGCCUAAAUAAUGUACAGUCACACCUAAUUGCUGGUAGAAAGCACCAAACUAUUUCUUUGUGCGAAUGCAGCUACAGCAGGAAGUCUUGCUAGCCUUCACAACUUUGCAUGCUAUGUAUGAAAUGGAGACUUAGUUUGUUUUCGUGAAUGCAGGCAUCCUGUUCAACUGGUCUGUGCUGUUGUUGAACCUUCUUGCCAUAGGAAGCUUAUUUUUCAGACAUAUCCAUAAACAGUCUGCUUUGUGUGCAUGCUUAUGUCAACCACCUAGGCUUUUGUUUUUCAUUCAAAAGUACGUGCUUGGCAUGCUACAGUCCGCACCCAAUGUUGAGAUACCUUAUUUCAUUAAAUUUGCAUUGUCGCACCAGGGGAGUCCUUCCAUCUAUAGCAUCAUUAAAGACAGGAAUAGGCAUGGCUAGCAGCACGAGAGGUGCUUAUGUAUGCGGACAGUGCAAGGUUUAUUCCAUGUUGCAAAAAGGGUGGUAGUUUAUAUCUUGUUAAGUAGUUUUUUACUUUCUAGGAUGCUAUAUGCCCCUAACUGCAAAAGUCUUUGCAUCAUGUGAUCGGCAAAAAAAAAAAAGAAAGGAGUGCGGUUUUAUUGCAGCCAAUGUGGUUGUGCUUGUACGGACUGUGUAGGCUUUCCUGUGUGCACACCACAUAGCACUGCUGUUUUCCUCAAUGAGUUGCAAAUUGGUCGGAAAAUUUUGCUUGUUUGUGACUUCUAUGUUACGAAAGCUUUUGUGAUUGGCUGUAAAUGUAUAAUUUUUUUUUUUUUUCGCUCCGUCCAAUUUACAAUGCAUGUAAGGAGUAGAAGGGGUUGUGGAAUUUGAAGCCCAGAUUACACGUACGUUUGCUGGCCUGUGCAAGCUCACAUCUACAAGGGGGGUGCUUGUAAAUGUGAGCACAUCUCUGCAUACCUCCGAGGGGGGUGCUUGUGGAGGCAGAGAAUGUGUCAAAAGGUAUAGACACUUGCGCUGGCUUGUGCUGCCUUGAGCCAUGUGACCGGCAGAGAUUAAUCUGAGGACACAGUUGUCUGAGCAGUGUCUCACCCAUUGUGGUAUCACCGAUGAGAGGCCCCGACAUGGCAGCCAUCGCAUCUGUGUAGCUGCCGUGGGAUGCAGACCAGCUUGCUACUAGGCCAGCUGAAAUUAUGUCAUGUGAGGAUGCGCUUUCUCUUUUCUGCGUUGAUUUUGCUACACCAGAAAAAAAAAAAACAUUUUUAUGGCUUUGUUAAGCAUUUAGGAAAACCUCGUUAAUUUGAUUGUCGUUAAUUUGGAAAAUGAGAUAACUUGUUCUCUGGUCCCGGCAGAUGUAUGCAUUAUUUAAUGGAAUCGAACUCUUAUUUAUUUGGACAUAUUCAGCUGCACAGCAGUUAAAUUGGACAACUCUUUGAGCUUGGCGAGUCCGAAGCGUCACAAUAAAGCAAAAGCAGCACUAGCACCCAACCAAAACAAAGCAGCAGAGUUACAUUGCCAUAGUCAUUAGCGGACAUUGUAUGUGAACGACAGGAACACCGUAAUGCUUCGCGACUAGUACCUUUAUAGCCUUUAUUGAAUUGAUUGCAGUGCACAACACUGAAUUGUCCACAUGUUUUCAUAACUGUGUAGUAACCAUCCAUGAUCGUGUGAUAGCGACCACGGUUUCGUCCACAGUGGUUGCAGCAAACAGUAGUUUCAUUUUGCUCGUUGUACAAGUGAGCUGUGUGCUUUCAAACCUGCUUGGUAACCACCCAUGAUUGCAUCAAUGGCGGCCGUGGUUUUUUCUACAGAGCUUAUGGCAAGCAGUAGUUUUGCUUUGACUAAGUGUGAUGGUUGUGCAUGCAAUGUCACAAACACUGUGGCAGCUGUUGAGGAUAAAGAAUGCCAGCUACACAGCAAUGGAUGGACGAUCUGUUGGCAGCCAGCUCACUGGUGAAAAAAUAAUCAGGAUGUGGUUGUGAAAAGCGUGUCUGGGAUAAAGGUGCAUGCCACGGCAGCACUGCAAAGGCACUUACGAGGCUUUCAGCACUGCAAUGUCUAAUCAGUCAUAAGGUAAACAGAACUACAGCUUCUGCACAGCUUUUGUUUGAAAUGGAAACAUGUUUUGCCGAUUCAUUCAGUAAACAAAAGUGCGUUGACAAAAUAAGCAACUAUUUAUUUAUUUAUUGAUACCCUCAAUAAUUCUACAUACGGUUAGUUCGAAUAUUUUUUUGGUCUCAUGAAAGCCAAAUUAAUGAGGUUUUUCAUUAAGCUCAAUACAAAGCGACGUCUGACAUCAGGCCUAGCGUGUAUCCUAUGCAGAUGCUGAUUGUCAUUCCUUGCGAGGCAUGCAGGCACGUAAACAUGUAGAAGUGCACUGGCAUGAAUUGGCAAGCAUACAUGUAAUCUGGGCUAAAGGAGACCCUGAAACACUUUUUAAGCAUAGUAAGAAAAUAUU